GAUUAGAUAAAAAACCUUGAUGUGGGCUCACCUUGUCUGGGAAGUGUGGAUUGCGUAACUAGUCUACGACUUGGGCAGGACUCACCGGAAGACUAUAGUGCGACUGCGCAGGCCGACCAACGCAGAGCGCUAGGAAUUGUGAGUGGGCGUAGCCUGUCGUCUUGACGACUGAGCGUUCCUGCUCUGCAGAGUUCACUUUUCUCUAGGCCAAGGUCUUGCUUCUGUCAUGGGUCCCAAACCAAAAAAGUCUCCCAGUAAGAAAAAGAUGACCAAAGCUGAGCGACUGCGGCUGCUGCAGGAGGAGGAGGAGAGACGCCUGAAGGAGGAAGAGGAGGCUCGACUGAAAUUUGAAAAAGAAGAACAGGAAAGGCUAGAAAUCCAGCGGAUUGAGAGAGAAAAGUGGAAUCUGCUGGAAAAGAAAGACCUGGAAAGGAGAAGCGAAGAGUUUGAAGAGCUCGCUUUGCUCGAGGGUUGUUUCCCUGAAGCAGAGAAGCUGAAGCGGGAAAUGCGAGCUCUGGCUCAGUGGAAGCACUACACCGAGUGUGAUGGGAGCCCCGACCCUUGGGUUGCCCAGGAAAUGAACACGUUCAUCAGCCUGUGGGAAGAGGAGAAGAAUGAGACCUUUGAGCAAGUGAUGGAGAAAAGCAAACUAGUGCUGUCUUUGAUCGAAAAGCUGAAGUUAAUUUUACUGGAAACUCCACCAUGUGACCUGGACAGCAAGACUGUCCUACAGCAUCAAGGGACAAUUCUGCGCCUGCAGGAGCUCCUCAGUAUGAAGGUGAACGUGGCCACAGAACUACUACUUCGACAAGCUAGUUACUUAGCAGAUCUGGACACUGGGAAUAUGGAAAAAACCAUCAAAGAUGAGAACGUUACCCUGUACGUGUGGGCAAACCUCAAAAAGAAUCCAAGGCACCGAAGUGUGAGAUUCUCAGAGACACAAAUUGGAUUUGAAAUCCCAAGGAUACUAGCCACAAGCAACGUUGCCCUUCGGCUUCUACACACUCGCUAUGACCACAUCACGCCUUUGUUCCCCACUGCCGCCAUGGAAAAACGCAGCCCCGGGGUGGAAGAGCAGUUCGAAGACAAGGAAAGUACAGAAAAGGCCCCCACUGAAGAAAAGCUCUUUACUGAAGAAAAACCUGCCAACGACGAUGAGCAGCCCAAGACUGAACAAGAAAGGGAACUCAACUUGACCCAAGAGGAGGAUACCAAAUAUGAGGUUAUAGAGGACACCGUCUUACAAAGGACUUAUGACUUCGUGGAGGAGGAUCCCCACGCCACCCAAAUGGAACUGGAGAGGAAGUUGCUGAGUGAAGCGGUCUCAGCAGCACAGCUGCGCCUGGUAGAGAAUGUUGUAGAAAUGCCGGAAGCCUUGGAAGCCCACGAGGUGGACUUGUGCCAUUUCAUCCCCCUGGGCGGCGUGUACCACCUGGAUAUCCUGGAGCUGCCUCCUCAGUGCAAGCCAGCGAAGGGCUGGGUGUUAGUGGAGAUACGCCAAGAAGGACUACAGAGGUUCACAUAUCCUCCAGAAUCCACAGACGAGCCCGAUCCGGAAAGCGCCUUUCCGCCCAUAGAGGUCACGCUGGAGAUCCACGAGAACGUCAUCUUCUUUGAGCGCCCCAAGGUCGUCAGGUGGGAUAAUGAAGGUAAACUCUGGAGGUCGGAUGGCAUCAGCAGUGUAUACUACAACCGAGAAGACAGGCUCCUGACCUUCAACAUGGACACUUUGGGCCCUGUGACCUUGAUUCAGGACGCCCAUGUCAACAUGCCUUACCAGUCCUGGGAGCUGAGUCCCAUCGGGCUGAGCAAAGUCCUUCUAAUCGUGAAGACGGUUUUCGUCGAGCUCCAGAUACACAUCAAGGUACCCCAGCUGGAGUUGAAGGCCUAUCGGCAAAUGGCCCUGUUGAGCUCCGCCUUCUCGUUUGGCUGGAGCAAGUGGAACAUGGUCUGCAACUCCACAAGAGUUGUGUUUCGGGUGAAGGAACACCUGUCAGAAGAAACGGAGCACGGUACCUGGUCGCUCAUCAUGUUCAGUGGCGACAGGGCGCAGGUGCUCAAGAUGCACGAAGAGAACGACAGGUUCUCCGAGACCCUCAAGGAGGGCACCGAGUUCCACUCCACCUUGUACCACAUGAUGAAGGACUUCGCCUCCCCGGUGGCGUUGGAGAAGGUCAGGCAUGCGGACUGCCAGUUCAUCGACUCUGUGUGCUACAUGCUGCUGUCCAUCCGGGUCCUCAGCUAUUCCUAGCCUUCACAGCGUGUGCGCGGGGCCGCCCCUUAUACCUGAGCACAAUCAGGUAUCUUUCCAGUCAGCCACUAAAACGACCCAAGAGCACCCCAAAUUCCAGCUGCACUGCAGAGAUCUGAAUGGCCUUUAUUUGGAUACAUUGCAAUAAAGCCUUAUGUAGCUCAGAAAGCUCAUUAAAAUACCCCAGGUGGGGUACCCUCCCUCCUGAAGUUCCUCCCCUGUGCUUUUGUUGGGGAAUUAAAAGAUCCUAGCUGCCGAGGACCCUAGUUUUUGCACGAUAGUUACUAAAAAGUUACUAAUUUACAAAUCCCAGAAGGAACAGUUAAAAUCCAAGGGGACACUAAGCUGUGGCGGCAGUCACACUGGCGGUCCAUCGUGC